AUGGAGCAGGAUUGUAUCGCUGGUCUGUACCAGUCUCUGGGUAUGUCUGUCGGAGCUGAGUUUUCCACUGAAGACGUGAGUCUCCUCUUCCGCAAAGUGUUUCAUGUUCCCGCUAACAGGGAUGAAGCACAUGUGGCCAUGAAGAAGAUUGCAGGAACUGAUAACAGCUGGUCCUGUGUUGGUGAAAAUGUUUUGGAUGUUCUCCUAGAAAUGGAAAGGGAGAGGAAAAAGAAGGAAAAGCUUUUAAAUUUGGGGAAUCUCAACCCUCUAUAUGCGAUGGACAAGCCAGUAAUCAUCAGUCCUCAUGUGCUGAAUUGCCUGCACCAAAGCAAAGACUCUAAUACCUUCAAAAAAGCUUACAACUCAGAUUUAGGAUCCUCACAAUCCUCUACCCUUGACACAGACAACUCACAGAGGGAGAGACCGGCGGGAGGGAAAACACAGCACUGCAGUUUGAGAGGUGUGAAGAGGCUCAAGAAAGCAGCAAGGCAGUGCUGGGCCAGAUUGGCGACAGAUGGUGUGCAAAGCAUACUGGCCUCUCCCUUGCAUGGCCAAAUCCCAGGGGUCAGAGGUCAAGCCUGGGGCUUUGUCUCCCUGUCAGAUGUCCUCCUCUUGGUGGGAGUGAAGUAUGAUGUGGUGACCCACUUGCUUUAUACAGAAAUGCUUCAGGAACACUACAGUAAGGAAAAAGUUACUCUGAACUGUUGA